CAAGGUGCAGGUGACCAAGGAGGGAGCAAUAUGGGAAGGUAGAAGCUGGAAAUAAGAAAUUAUAUUCCUUUUUUUCUCUCUGAUGCCAUGUACCUACAGGGAUGGAAGGUCUGCUGUGACAGCACCAGGUGGAGGAGGCUGAUGUGGCCAACCUGUGGACUAUGACAUUCCUGAGCAAUGGGUUGUGACCUUACUCCCCUCACUGCUUAUCUUGGGGUGACCAGAAGGUGAAAGGUUUUGCUGUCACUGAUGAGUGGGGACUGAUAUCACCAAGCAGUGGACUGUGACAUCACAGAAGGAAUGGAUGACGACCUUGUGUUCCUCACUGCUUCUACUCAGUUGGCAGAGCUUGGGCCAGUCUGGCUGCAGCCUGAACUCCAUCCAAGCAACAUUGUGAGGACUGGAGGAUCAAGCCAGGCUUCUCUAGUGCUGGGUGGUGCCUGUUACUGGCCCAUCUUGGUGCCAGCCUCAGAGCCAUCACUCCUGUUUUCCCUGCCCUGCCUGCUUCAGGCAGCCAAGCACUGCAGAUGCAGCACUGAGGGAGGUGGCAGCAGUGAGGGAAAACAGCCGCUGAUCCUUAUCUCUCCCCAGUGUGCUGAAGAGCACAAAAAUGUCCACAGAGACUGACAGCAACUUCCCCGUCCGCCAGGACACUUUUAAGGAUGUGGCUUCUACUUUGCCCUGUCACCACCAGUUUUGUCUGGGCUGUAUCCUGCGGUGGACACAGAGAAAUCCAGUGUGCCCACUCUGCAGAGGAGCAAUAGUGACUGUGCGAUUUUCUGAUCAUGGAGAAGAUGACUAUCUGGAGAUACCCAUCACAGUCCCUGAGGAGCUGCCAGAUGGCAGCAGCCAGGCAGAGAGAGCUCCUGGCUCUCUGGAUGAGAACAGCUCCCAUCCUCCUGUGGUGUCCCCUUCAUCUUCUCCACAGGGGACAGUGUCUCCAGCAGAGCAGGAAGGUUCAGGGCUGGAGUUUGUGGGGAGUGUCCUGCCUGAGGUCUGGGCAGAAACUUUCCGUCAACAACAGCAUCUCCUGGAAUCCGUGCGGCCCUGGCUGCAUGAGAGGCUGGCAGGAAUAUACCAGGGCUGGUGGUGGGUGGUAGAUGCCAUAGAGAGCAGCAUCUUGCAUGGCCUUUGCAUCCACGGGCCAAAUGCUGGGGUUCUGGUUGAGGUGCUGCAGCCUCUCCUCGAGGAACACACAGCACCACUGGUCCAUGAUGUGAUCAGCAUCAUUAUGGGCCAGCACCGUGAGGAGGCCCAGAGGCUUCUGCCCACAGAAGAUGAGAACAAUGGCCCUGAGGCCAGCUCCAGCUCCAGCUCCACCAGUUCCAGCUCCAGCUCCAGCUCCAGCAAUUCCAGGAUCUCCAGCUCCAGCAAUUCCAGGAUCUCCAGCUCCAGCAACUCUAGGAGUUCCAGCUUCAGCAGCAACAGCUGCAGCUGCAGCUCCAGCAGCAACAGCUGCAGCUCCAGCAGUUCCCAGCAAGGGACUCCCAACAGCAGCCCCACAGGCUCCGAUGAGGAGGAGGAAGCUGGUGCAUCAGAGGCUUCCCCCUGUCCAGGGCAUCAAUUGCAUCUGCUCCCAGGGUAGGGACUGAUUGUGCACUGGGCCCCCACAUGUCUGACAAAAGGAAGAGCCCGGGCCCUAGAACCCUCCCCAGGCCUGCCAGAGGCUGCUCCACCAGUAGCUCUAGCAGGGCUCUUGCAAACCUUUUUCAAGGAGAAGGAAAUAAAUUGUGAUU